AGCAUUCAAUUGAUAUCAAUUUUGUCGCAUUUUCGUCAAAUCUUUUUACCGCAUCGUAAACAACUAGCGCGACAAUGGAAGACACUGUAAUGCAGAUUGUGUUGAUAUUGGGACACGAUGCCAAACUACGAACCGAACCAACGAAGGAAGGUUUCACACACGACUGGUCAUGCUGGGUUCGUGGCGAGAAAAACAAAGACAUCUCCAAGUUUGUCGAAAAAGUCGUCUUCCACUUACACAACAGUUUCCCAAAACCUAAACGAGUUGUGAAAAUGCCACCGUUUGAAGUGAAAGAGAGCGGAUUUGGCAGCUUUGACAUGGUUGUAGAUGUUUACUUUCGCAACAAGGACGAACCCCGGAUGGUUCGUUAUACGUACGAUCUUAUCCUUCCAUCACCCGAGCAGCAAGCUAUUCAUGCUCCACGACAUGAAAUGCUCACCUUCCAGAAUCCUCCCCUCGAGUUUUGUCAGAAACUUGUCUUAGCUGGUGCGACCGUCCAGAGCGGUCCCGACCCGAAACAAAUUUUAUCGUCGAUUCCGCCUUCGUCUGGCUCAUCGAGUGCGACGAAACGAUCGCGGAAGUCGCUGGAACCGGAACCGGAAACGAAAGAGACAAAACAGACGAAGUCUGGUGCAACCGAUGAGCCACAGAGGAAAGUAAAGAAGGAAGACGUGAUUGAUACGAGGACCCCGACUGCUGCAUCAGUGAAGCAUGAGAAGGCAAGUGGCGUGUCGGAUAGCAAACGAAAGGCAACGAGUGGCAAGGAUCCUGUCAGUGCUCUGAUAGCCGAAUAUGCAUCGGAAGAAGACAGUAGUGAUAGUGAGUUGGAUUUUGGCGGGUCGUUCAAAUUAAAACAUAAAAGUUCUCUGAAUGUGAAGGCAUCGAAACGCACAACGUCGCCUCUAAAGGGAGCAGCAAAUGACGACGUGAAGGGUAAGAAAAAGGAGAAGGACGAAGGUGUUGUAACGCACAUGGGCACAAAUUCUGGGUCUAAACGUCGGGCGGUGAAUGUAGCAAAAAGUGAGAAGACAAGCGAAGACACUGAAGUGAAAGUGAAACGAGACACGAAGCAAAAGGCGACGACGCAGAAAGAAAAGAAAAACGUGAAGUCAGGCCAGACGUCUAGUCAAGUUUUCAAAGACAAGAAGGAGAGAGACGACACAAGAAACCAAAAACAGAAAUCAGAAGAACAAGCGACAAGCGGUCACACCAGCGAGCCAAGAAAGGAAAGCAAACGAGGCAACCUAACGAAACAAUCCAACGAAACGAGGAAACAGAGAGGCAAACUGAAAUCGUUAAACAACGAACCAAACGAUGGACACUCAAGCGAAUCAGAGAGUGACAAGAAUGGAGGCGACGCUAACAAACAGAACGGACAUCAAGCUGCCAAGUUGAUAUCAAAGCAAGACGAGUCCUCGCGUCCACCCAACUCCGAGUUGUUUGAACUUCAUGAGCAACUCAACUCGCUUCAAGACAAGGACACGUUGCAGAGGAUGGUGGAUCUUGUCGAACCGACCGGACAGUUUGCGGUCAACGAGAAAUCGUUCGACUUCGACUUGCUACAGUUGGACAACAGCGUGCUACAUCAGUUACAGAGUCUCGCAGCGAAACAGUCGUGACUCUCGACUCUCUCCUUCUGUCCAUUUCCCACAUCUUAACACAAUAGCUCAACCCCAUUAUAUGCUUGCAACAUCGUUGCUGCACGUAUUAGUCCACAUAUUACUCUUAGAAAAAAAAUAGAAUUUUAU